ACGUACUUUUUUCUUUUGCAUAUAUUUUUUCGCCUGUUUUAUCGAGCUAAACAAGCACGCACGGGCGUGCAUGUGUAUGUGUGUGUGUGUUGGUGAAUAAAAAGGAAACAUUUGAAGUGCAUAUAAUUUGGCGAUCGGAGUGCACGGAUUUUCACUCUAUGAGCGUGUCUCCCUCUCUCUGCAUUGGUGUGUGUGUGUGUGCGCGCUGAAAUUUUUGGCAUUUUUGCAACUUUACUUGCUAAACUAUUUGAAAAUUUUCAUGCUGCGCUUGGCGGCGCAAAAAAAAGAAAAACGCGCAGGGGAGUAAUUGAGGCGAGGUUAGGCAACAGGAGCUGUCAGGCAAGCAGCCAAUGCUAGCUAAAGAGUUGGAAGGCAGCAACAGGACGACAGGAGCAAAAGCUUUGUUGGUUCAAUAACCAAAAGAAAUAAAACGCAAAUAAAAACAAAAGAACAAAAACAAAUCGAAACGAAACGAAACCAAACAAUUGCCGACUAGACGCUAGGCAACCGCCUGUCAAUGCAGGGCUAUGUGAGGGUUUAUAGCCGCAACGCCGACGGCACUAACGGUGGCGGCGGUGGCGCUGGGGAUGGCGAGGGCACAAUUGUUUAUUAUGGUUGCGCCGGGCCCAUCGGCGAAUGGACGCAGCGCAUUGCCAGUCUGCAGCCGACAAUCGACCAGAGCGUUGCCACCAUGUACGGCCGAUUGCCGGGCGCGAAUAAUGGGAACAGCAAUGCGGCUGGCGGUGCUGGAGUCGCUUCGUCUCAUGAGCGAAUCAAAAUCGGCUUCUGCACGGAUCUGGACAAAUCGGUGUUGGUUAACAACUUCGAGAAGCGCGGCUGGAAUCAGGUGAACGGCGACGACGAUUGGCAUUUCUAUUGGGCCGGCGUGCAGACGUGCCGGAAUAUCUUCAGCGUGGACAGUGGUUAUCGCAUGCACGACAAUCAGAUGAUCAAUCACUUUCCCAAUCACUAUGAGCUCUCGCGCAAGGAUUUGCUGGUGAAGAACAUCAAGCGGUAUCGCAAGGAUCUCGAGCGUGACGGCAAUCCGCUGGCCGAGAAAACCGAAUCGAACAACUCGAGCGGCACGCGCUAUCUCUACUUGGACUUUGUGCCGACGACUUUUGUGCUGCCCGCUGACUACAAUAUGUUUGUGGAGGAAUAUCGCAAGUUUCCGUUAAGCACUUGGAUCAUGAAGCCUUGUGGCAAAUCGCAAGGCGCUGGAAUUUUUCUCAUCAACAAGCUGAGCAAACUGAAGAAAUGGUCGAGGGAGGCCAAGGGCCCAUUUCAUCCACAGAUUGCCAAGGAAUCGUAUGUCAUCUCACGCUACAUAGACAAUCCUCUGCUGAUCGGUGGCAAGAAGUUCGACUUACGGCUAUAUGUGCUCGUUGCCUCGUUUAGACCUUUGAAGGCAUAUCUCUUUAAGCUCGGCUUUUGUCGCUUUUGCACGGUUAAGUACGAUACGAGCGUGACGGAGCUGGACAACAUGUACGUCCACUUGACCAAUGUGAGCGUGCAGAAGCAUGGCGGCGAGUACAAUACAUUGCACGGCGGCAAAUGGUCCGUGCAGAAUCUGGCACUCUAUUUGGAGGGGACGCGUGGCAAGGAGGUGACGGAUCGUCUGUUUGGUGCCAUCUCCUGGCUGAUUGUACACUCGCUGCGUGCCGUGGCGCCAGUCAUGGCCAGCGAUCGACAUUGCUUCGAGUGCUAUGGCUACGACAUCAUCAUUGAUAAUGCACUGAAACCGUGGCUCGUCGAGGUGAAUGCCUCGCCCUCGCUCACAUCGACCACAGUCAACGAUCGCAUACUCAAGUACAAGUUGAUCGACAAUAUAUUGUCGGUGGUGCUGCCGCCGGACGGUGUUCCGGAUGUGCGCUGGAAUAAGGUGCCCACAGCGGAUGCCAUGGGCAACUUUGAGCUGCUCAUCGACGAGGAGCUGGCCGCCCAAGAUGAAGCGCAGAACAACAGCAACACCUCCUCUCAUCAUGCCAAAUCCUCGAGGAUGAGCAGCCGCUGGAAGUGACGAAGGUAAACGCGAGCCGAGCUCUCUGUCGCUUGGUUCAGGUGUGAGUGUGGGUGUGCAAUAGCUGCUUGGUAAUCGUUUUAGUUUUCUUUGUGACGGGGGCCUAACUUGUGUUAGCAAUAAAUAUUUACACGUAGAAAAUUUUUAGUUGAUAAACUAUAUGUUGGAAAAUCAUACGUUUUGACCUAGCUUAAGAUGUUUUAAGUUGUGUAAUGCUGACUAUAUGAUAUGAUUCCAUCUAUUUAAUAAAAGAUUACUCAGAAAAAA